GCGUGUGAGCGGCCGCGGCGCCGACCCUAGAGCGCUCCCAACGGCCGCCGCCCCAGUCCACUGUCGGAGCCCCAAAGCCACACCAUGUUCCUCCCAAUGCUGCUGCUUGUUGGGCUCCGCGUCUUGCUGGCAUCAGGACCUGGUUCUCAAAAUCCAUUUUUACAAAUUAUAGUUCCAGAGAAAAUCCAAGAAAAUACAAGUGAUAAUUUGGAACUAGAAAAUGAAUGGAUAUCAUAUAUUAUUACAAUAGACCAGAAGCUAUACACUAUACAUCUUAAGCAAAGGAUUUUUUUAGCACAUAAUUUUAUGGUUUAUGUGUAUAAUCAAGGAUUUGUGAAUUCACAUCCUUCAGAUGCUCAGGCUCAGUGCUAUUACCAGGGGUAUGUUGAAGGAUAUCCCAAUUCUGUUGUUACACUCAGCACGUGCACUGGAUUGAGAGGAAUACUGCAGUUUGAAAAUGUUUCUUAUGGAAUUGAGCCUCUGGAAUCUGUAGUUGAAUUUCAGCAUCUUAUUUAUAAAUUAAGGGAUGGAAACAAUGAAUUUGCAGCUCUUACCAAAGAUAACCGAGGCAUAGAACAAAACCCAGUGGACUAUAACAUUAUUAUAAGUGAAAAAUCACAAUCAACUGUUCCGGAUUUAAUCCCUCUUUAUCUAGAGAUGCAUAUUGUGGUGGAUAAAGCUUUGUAUGAUUACUUGGGCUCUGAAAGCAUGAUAGUAACAAAUAAAAUCAUCGAAAUUAUUGGCCUUGUAAAUGCAAUGUUUGCCCAAUUUAAAGUUACUAUUGUGCUGUCAUCGUUGGAGUUAUGGUCAGAUAACAAUAAGAUUUCUACAGUUGGUGAGGCAGAUGAAGUAUUGCAUAGAUUUUUAGAAUGGAAAAAGUCCUAUCUUUCUCUAAGACCUCAUGAUAUUGCAUAUCUAUUCAUCUAUAGAAAUUAUCCAGAUUAUGUGGGGGCAGCAGUUCCUGGAAAGAUGUGUGUUACCCAUUUUUCGGCUGGAAUUGCUAUGUACCCCAAGGAGGUAACUCUGGAGGCAUUUUCCAUUAUUGUUACACAGAUGCUCGGACUGAGUCUGGGAAUAUCAUAUGAUGACACAAAGAAAUGUCAUUGUACAGGAGCUAUCUGUAUAAUGAAUCCAGAAGCUAUGCGAUCAAGUGGUGUCAAGACUUUUAGCAGUUGCAGUUUGAGUGACUUUGAAAAUUUCAUUUCAAAUAUGGGUGCCAAAUGUCUUCAGAAUAAACCCCAAAUGCAAACAGCUCUGAGAGCAAUCUGUGGCAACGGCAAAGUGGAGAGAGGUGAAGUGUGUGACUGUGGUACUGAGGAACAAUGUGGAAAGUCUAGCUGUUGUAAUUUUCGAACUUGUACACUGAAAUCAGGAGCACAGUGUGGUCAUGGAUUAUGCUGCAAGAACUGUCAAAUUGAAAGACAAGGUGUUGAAUGUAGGAAAGCAAGACAUCGUGAAUGUGAUAUUGCUGAGUUUUGUAAUGGAAGCUCACCAGAAUGUCAACCUGAUAUGACUAUACACAAUGGACAUGUAUGUAAACAAAAAUAUGUGUGUUAUGAUGGAGUCUGCCAGGAUACAGAUGCACGGUGUGAGGUCACAUUUGGAAAAGGUUCAAAAAAUGCACCAUUUGCCUGCUAUGAAGAAAUACAGUCUCACGCUGAUAGGUUUGGGAACUGUGGUAAAAUAAGAGGCAAAUUUCAAUCCUGUUCAUGGAGGAAUCUUCAAUGUGGGAGACUAAUUUGUACUUACCCUACACGAAUUCCUUUUCGCAAAGAAAAUGGCGCUGUGAUUUAUGCUUUUGUACGAAAUAAUUUAUGUAUAACCAUAGACUACAGAUUGCCUAAUGCAAAUCAAGAUCCAAUGAAAGUCUCCAAUGGUUCUCAUUGUGAUGAAGGGAGGAUCUGUGUAAAUGGUGAAUGUGUAGAAUCAAGAAUAAUUAAGUCUGAAUCAUCUGUCUGUUCAAAAAAGUGCAAUGGACAUGGAGUGUGCACUUCCAAUAAAACGUGCCAUUGUUUUGAAGGCUACCAGCCUCCAUUUUGUGAAACGCGUGGCAGAGAAGCUUCUAGUUUGCCUGAGAAACAGGGUUUAAUCAUGGAAAGAGCUUUUAGGAAGGCUGAAAAGAACCGGUGGCUUCUAGGUUUCUACAUUGCUUUGCCUAUUCUCAUCAUAGCAACCAUAAUAGCUAUUGUUUCAUGGAAGAGUUCAAAAAAGUGGUUCACCAAGGAAGAGGAAUCCUUGAGUAGCGAGUUAGAAGGCAGCACUCACACAUAUGCUAGCAGAUCCAGAUCAGAAAGCAGCAGCCAAACAGAUACAGUCAGAUCCAGUUCAGAAAGUAGUGCUCAAACAUAUACCAGCAGAUCCAAAUCACAGGAAAGCAUCCAAACACAUAACAGUAGUAACUAAUAAUUCCUUCAGAAGGCAAUGGAUAUCAGAGAGUAUCUCACUGAGAAAUGAAAAUUUCACCUUUGCUCCCUUGGGCACAGUUGAAGGAAACAAUAAACUGAGUGUGGAACUA